ACACAGAAUCCUAUUAAUUACUUUGUUUUUAAUGGGCUAAAACUGGGUACAUUGCUCACGGUUCCAAAUCGAACGCUAACACGGUCACUGGGUCAUGCCCGUGGUAUUCAUCGAAUCCCCUCCUUUUUGAAGGAAAAACCAAAACAUCGUUAAACCUGUUUAUUCAUAUUCAGCGACCGAGAUUUGCAUAUGAACGUGUCAAUCUCCAAUAAUGUUUAGUCAUUGGCACAAACUGUCAACCACGUCACAUUAUUUCCCCCUUUUCAAUCGUCGCUAGGAUUGUUCAGAUUUUUUAGUCAGCUGGCUGCUUUCGAUUUCUAUUGGUCAAAUCUCUCACACCCAUUUUCCAUUGACCAAAUCCAUCCAAGUUGAAGGUGAAAUUAUUUUCCUACCUCGUCCAUUAGAUUGAACAGCGGUUUGUCCCCGGUUGUUUUGCCGUUUUAGCUAACAUUCCGCCUCGGUAAUAUUCAUCAUCAUGUCAUUAUUCGGUGAGGUUCCCCAAGCCAUCCCAGUGGCGGUCUUCAAACUGUCGAAUGAUUUCAAAGAUGACCCGAACCCCAUGAAGGUGAACCUCGGAGUUGGAGCCUACAGGACAGAUGAGGGCCAGCCCUGGGUGCUGCCCGUGGUUAAGAAGGUGGAGAAGAUCAUCGUAGCAGACAACAGUCUGAACCAUGAGUACCUGCCCAUCCUGGGUCUGCCUGAGUUUAGGUCGUCUGCAUCCAAGAUCGCCCUGGGAGAAGACAGCCCUGCCAUUCAGGAGAACAGGGUGGGAGCGGUGCAAUGUCUGGGGGGUACAGGUGCUCUGAAAAUGGGGGCUGAUUUUCUCAGACGCUGGUACAAUGGGAAUGACAACAUGAAAACACCUGUCUACGUCUCAGCGCCAACCUGGGAAAACCACAACUCUGUGUUUGCCAACGCUGGGUUCGAGGACGUCCGUCCCUAUAAGUACUGGGACGCAGAGAAGCGGGGACUGGAUCUGGCCGGUUUCCUAGGUGACCUGGAGACUGCACCAAAGCAUUCCAUCUUCGUUUUGCAUGCUUGUGCCCACAACCCCACUGGCACAGACCCUACACACGUAGAGUGGAUGCAGGUGGCUGAGGUCAUGAAGAGGAGGAAGCUGUUCGUGUUCUUUGACUCUGCGUACCAGGGCUUUGCAUCAGGCUGUCUGGAUAAGGAUGCCUGGGCCGUGCGCUACUUUGUCACCCAGGGCUUUGAGAUGUUCUGUGCCCAGUCCUUCUCCAAGAACUUUGGCCUUUACAAUGAACGUGUGGGGAACCUGACCAUCGUAGCUCGUGAUGCUGACAACGUGAGGAGGGUUCUGUCUCAGAUGGAGAAGAUUGUCAGGGUAACCUGGUCCAACCCUCCCUCCCAGGGUGCCAGGCUAGUCGCCAUCACACUCAACACAGCUGAACUGUUCGCUGAAUGGAAGGAUAAUGUGAAGACCAUGGCAGACCGUGUGUUGUUGAUGAGGGCUUCACUCCAGGCUAAACUGCAGGCUCUGGGAACACCAGGAACAUGGGGCCACAUCACACAGCAGAUCGGCAUGUUCAGCUUCACUGGCCUCAACCCUAAACAAGUGGAGUACAUGAUCAAGGAGAGGAGUAUCUACCUAAUGCCCAGCGGUCGUAUCAACAUGUGUGGUCUGACCACUAAGAACAUCGACUAUGUGGCCAAGUCUAUCCACGAGACUGUUGUCAAUGUCCAGUAGAAGAUUACAAUACCCUUAGCACUGCAUACUCGUCCACCACCAGCAGUGUGUGUAUAAUGUAUUAGACCACGGGGGAGCAAAGUACGGCCCACGGGCCACAUCCGGCCCGCGAGACAUUUACAAAAAAUAGAUUUUUUUUUAAUACCUUUUUUUUCCCUCCCCAAUUUCAUGGCAUCCAAUUGGUAGUUAUAGUCUUGUCCCAUCGCUGAAACUUCCGUACGGACUCGGGAGAGGCGAAGUUCGAGAGCCGUGCGUCCUCCGAAACACGACCCGACCCAGCCAAGCUGCACUGCUUCUUGACACAAUGCCCGCUAAACCCGGAAGCCAGCCGCACUAAUGUGUCGGAAGAAACACUGAACACCUGGCGACAGUGUCAGCGCGCAUGCGCCUGGCCUGCCAAACGAGUCGCUAGUGCGCAAUGGGACAAGGAAAUCUCGGCCUGCCAAACCCUCUCCUAACCCGGACGAUGCUGGGCCAAUUGUGCACUGUCUCAUGGGUCUCCCAGUCACUGCCAGCUGUGACACAGCCUGGGAUUGAACCCGGGUCUGUAGUGGUGCCUCAAGCACUGCGACGCAGUGCAUUAGACUGCUACAUCACUCGGGAGGCCCCCGCAAAUUGAUUUUAAUAAACAAUUGGUCCCCCAAAAAAUGCGUCCCUCCGUUGAAUUUCAAAAUCCCAAUGUGGCCCUCGAGCCAAAAAGUUUGCCCACCGCGGUGUUAGACCAAACACACAGAAACCCCCUUCCUAACUCCCAGCGCACCACAGUACGCUGAGCUGAUGGCACUGCCUGUCUACAGAUAUAUUCUAUUUUAACCCUUCAACUAAUGCACAAGGCAGUGUAACAGUUAAAGAGAAGUGUAAAUAAUUUGUCUGUGGCUCUGUGUGUGUUUGUCAUCACUGUGUGUCUUCAUCACUACUGUUUGCAGUGGAAAGAUGUGUGUCAUUUUCUUUUGAGUGUUUGUGUUCAGUGGUGUCAUGAAUAAGCAGUCUGUGUCAGGACAUUGUAGAUGCUGUGUGGUUCCACACUAAGGCUCUGACUGGGUGUCUCUCGACACUUUGCAAUGGCUUCCUUUCCUCAUCUCCUUCAUUGUAACUGAUGUUUCUUCCACCUGUCAUGUUCAGCCAGAUCAGUGAUCAUGGAGGGAAGGACACAAGGAAAGGAGAUAUGGAAAAUAAGCUGUAGUGUUUAAAUUAUUGAGACACAGGCCAAGUGUAUCUGGGUGUAUUAGACUAGCUCCAGCAGUGCUGGUGAUGAUGAUCUUCCAUUUCUUAAUCAUUUUAUUAACAUUACAAUGUGAUUAGUAUUGCUGGGGUUGUUCUUGAAUUGCGGUGGCAUUGGGGCCUGGCAUUUUGGCAAAAAAUUCUUAGUUAUUCUAGAUUUUUUUAUUUAAAUAUACCAAAAUACAUCUUCCCAUUCUAAAUCAACUAAGAUGACCGCUGAAUGACAUUAUGAUAACAUUGUGCCAUCGGUAGGAGGAGUAGUAACACCAAUGACGGUAACACUAAUGACAGUAACACUAAUGAGAAAUUUUAAGUUAUUGAGGAUUUUCUUAAAUUGAUGCAACAUAUACUCAAAUCUAAAGUCAUUAGCUCUUUGAAAAUAAUUUUUGACAUGAUUCAUAAUUUGGCUCACAAUGUCAUUUCCCUACAUUUAAAUUGAAUAACACCGAGGGACACUUUGGAUUUCGACAUACCAAAGUAUCAAUGGAAUCCUCAAAUUUAUGACAUACUGGGUGUGAUUAAUUAACAAUUCUCUUCAAUAUAGACCCCUACCCGAUAAGUUCCCCACUGGAGGGAAUGUUCAAGGUUCUUGUUUAUAUUUGCAUUGAGUGAUUGUCAAGGCAGGAACACCAAAGAUAGACACCUGAGGGACAGACAUGCUAUUUUAAAAUAAAUAGUUAUUUUAAUAGCCUUUUUUAUUUUAAUAGCCUUUUGUUUUUAUUGAUGUAUAUGAAACAUACACCUUUUUUCACUUUCUAGCAUUUCUAGCACUUUCUAGCAACAAUAAUACAUCUAAAUCCCCAAAAUAUGUCUGUACAACUACACAUCACUACUGGGACAAUCCAAUUUGCUUACCCUAAGUACUUUAAAAACAAUGCAUAAACAAAGUUUUGCAGUAUAAAGGACAAUAAAUAUGUUUUAUCAUUGAUAAACAGUUCAAAAUGUUUUGGGUUAUAUUGAUGUGUAACUAUUUGUAAUUUUAAAGUGAUUUUCAUGGCUGCAAGAGACGCAAAUACCACCACAAUUCAAGAACGACCCGGUUAGGAUGAUUCCAUUCCUAUUGUAAAAUGCACAUUCCCUAUUCUGUUUGACUUACCACCUGAAUACGUUUUAUAGGAGGAGUUGUUUGGGUCCACUUGAGAGCGAAUGUCGCUAAAUAUUAACUGUGACCCAAGUAAACAGUAUUUGUCUUGGAAAAAGUACUAGAGUGAAACAAUCAAUUGACCAAAUCAGUCACGCACUAAAUAUAUGUAGGACGUUAAAUCAUGUUUAUUUUAGCGCAAGGGGACUUGAAGUAAAAAUCCUGUAUUACCUCAGACCUAAGCUGUAUGGAGCGCUCUGUUGGGGAAGCUGUUUUCAAAGUCCUGGGGCACGUUCAAUAGGGACAAAUAGGACUGUUCUCAAAGUGCUGGGGUGCGUUCAAUAGGGACAAAUAGGACUGUUCUCAAAGUCCUGGGGUGCGUUCAAUAGGGACAAAUAGGACUGUUCUCAAAGUCCUGGGGCACGUUCAAUAGGGACAAAUAGGACUGUUCUCAAAGUCCUGGGGUGCGUUCAAUAGGGACAAAUAGGACUGUUCUCAAAGUCCUGGGGUGCGUUCAAUAGGGACAAAUAGGACUGUUCUCAAAGUGCUGGGGUGCGUUCAAUAGGGACAAAUAGGACUGUUCUCAAAUUCCUGGGGUGCGUUCAAUAGGGACAAAUAGGACUGUUCUCAAAGCGUUCUCAAUCAGAGAGCAAUAAUCUCUUUUUGUUUUUGACAUUCUAAUUAAGGGUCUGCUCAAUGUGGAUGUCCAAUCAGUCUGUUCUGAUGCUGUCCCAGUGCAAUAAUAAUGCUACACAAUUAUCAGUAGCUACCAUCUCAAUGAUAUACAUGUAAUGUUCAAAAUUGCACAAAUGAAAUGCGCUCACAGCUAGUGUCUGUAAGUGAAUAGCUAUGUAUCUCAAGGGGCUUUGACUCGAAGCCUUGAAUAAAUGUCUACACACCA